AUGGGAUUGUCAAGUAACUGUGCUAAGACAAUCAAGGUCCAGCAGUGUGUGAAAUUGCCUGAUUCCAACUAUCUUCACAUCGACGAUGAGCUCGCUGGGUGCUUUGGUACCGAAGAUCAUGGUGAUGGGCGGACGGCCCUCGUUCUCAGCCCGUUCGGCAAGAAUGUCUGGCCUGUCAAGGUCGACCGAGACGCCAAAGGGGCAUUCCUGGGUGAUGGGUGGCCACAGUUUGUUGCCGCGCACGGUAUUGGCGUUGGCUGGUACUUGGUGAUCCGGCAUGAAGGGUGCGGCGUGCUCACUCUAAAGGCGUUCAACUCCAGCUUUGUCAUUAAAGAGUUCGGCCUAACAAUCACUGUUUUGAGCCCAGCCGAGAUUGAGAACGCCUUUGCUCGUAAGCCACAGUUCAUCGUGCCACUUCAGAGAAGUUUCAUGGAAAAGAUGCCUAUUCCUCCCGAGUUUCUGCAACGAGGAUACAUCUCGGAAGAAGACCUGAACAGACCGAGACCGAUAGCCACUUUUUUAACAUCCUGGCAUAUCGAGCUCAAGAAGGAUGGCCCGAAUGUCUUCUUCACUGGUUCCGAAUGGCCAAAGUUUCUGGCCUACUUUGAAAUUGCUGAAACCGAUGUCCUGCUGAUCAAGUAUCAAGGGUGCAUGAACUUCUCAUUCGAGACCUUCCCAAAUGGGAAUAAUGAGCACACCGAGGAAAAAAUAAGCUCGUCUCAGCAAAGCGAGCAAUCACCUGCAGCACAAUGCCAAGAGGAAGAACAUGUUUCCACUCGGAGAAGGACACAAAGCAGUGGCAUAACACCUGGAGCACAAAGCCAAGAGGAAGAACAUGUUUCCACUCGGACAAGGAAACAAAGCAAUGGCAAAACACCUGGAGCACAAAGCCAAGAAGAAGAACCUGUGUCCACUCAGAAAAGGAAACAAAGCAAUGGCAAAACACCUGGAGCACAAAGCCAAGAGGAAGAACAUGUUUGCAGCCGGAAAAGGAAACAAAGCGAAGUCAAAAGCAUGCUAGACGGACCCACAACUUCACAACACCGAAAGAAGGCUCUCUGUGAGCUUGGGUCGACGGGAUCACAGGCUUGGUUAAGGAAGGAGAUCAACGGACUCGCGCUUAAAAGAUAUCUUCAUUUUCCAGCACGCUUCGGAUUCCUGGAGCGUUGCAAGAUCACGCUCAAGUCCGUGGAGAGGAACAAGUCUUGGGAGGUGGAAGGUGUCAACUACCAUCCAGGCACCAACAGGUCUUAUAAUUGUCUUACGAGAGGCUGGAAGGCCUUCUGUAAGGAGAACGAGCUCAAGGCAGGAGACAUCUGCACCUUCAAAGUCAUCAAGAGCACGCUGUGGCAUGUUGUCAUCGACCGCUGCUAG